CACACACACUCACACACACACACACUAUGUAGUAUUCUAUAUAAAACAAACCUUUCAAAAUGGAUUUUUGAUCAAUAUAUAUGAAGUCGUUCAUUUAAAGCGAUUAGAGUUUAACAUUUCUAAAUAUUUUUACAUCUGUUGAUUAUAUGAAUGUUGCGCUCUCAACACUUCAUCAAUUAAAUGCUUUUAGCUUCAUUAAAGAAAUAAAUCACCCUCAUGUUCUUUGUUAAAAAUGAUUAUAAUAUAAUUAAAGUGUCACAGACAGAACUGUUGAGUAAAUGUUACUGUGAAUAUUAUUUAUGAAUCUCAUUAAAUCACCUGAUCACACAUUGUGCUCCAAAAUUAAUUAGUAUUUGUUUAUUAUUUACAUCUCAUUAGAUAUGUGUUGAUUUGUCUGACAGUAUAUUAAUAUAAUUACUCUCCUGUUUUUAGGAUUCUUCAUUGUUGCAGUUUUGCCCGUGUUGACAACAGCGACAAGAUAUAACUGGAAUGUCACAUGUGGGGAUCGAAUGGGCUGUUCACCUUUGGUCAGAAGAUCAGUGUGGCUCGUGUUUAUGUCAUUAAUGAAUGCAGUAAUGAUCUAUUUCUGCAUCACAGCACUCGCAAAUGAAACGGAUUCUGUGGGAUGGGGAUGUUUGAUCGGGUUUCUGCAGUUACUCUGGACAGUUGUGAACUUCACAUAUUCAUUUAAUGAUUGGGAUCUCCCCCGUCUUGUCCCUGUGUACCUGUUUGGGUCAGUUGGUGUUGUUUUAAUAAGCGCUGUUUCACUGAUGACAGAACUGAUACUGAAAACAGUUAAUGGUGAGCGUGCAGUCGGAGAUCUGAGAAUUGUUGUUUUUUCAUGUGAAAGUUUCUUGACAUUUUUCCUGCUGAUUUUACGUGUAUUUAAACCCUGGAUCAAAACCUGUCUGCAGUCAUGUCAGAAUGCAGCAAGAGCAAGAUCUCGUCGAACUCAAGACGCCAGAUCAAACCAGAACGAGAACCAAAGUUCUCAAAAUGCAGCAGGAUCUGAUGAAACUCCAGUCGCUGGAUCAAACCAGAACCAGAACUCAGUAGAAAUGAAUCCUCUACUACAGACGCAAGAUCAGGAGGCUGGACAGAGAAAAGAGACGGAGGAAACUCGGCCUGAUUCAGUCGAGACACAAACAUAAUCAACAAUGAGAGAAAACAAAUGUGUCAAACACUUGUACAUGUUUACUCAAACUCUUAUGAGUGCUGACAAACUGAAACUUCAGUGAUGUCCUUCAGUUCAAAACAUACAGAUUAUUAUUGUUAUUGUGAGCAUUUUUAUAUGUUGUUUUUUAUGUUUUCUCCUUUUUGAGAUGAGCUGUAAAUAAAUGCAGACUGUGUUUAAGUAAUUGUGUAAUAAAACUGCUUGUUUUGCUUGUAAAUCAGUUGCUCUGUUUUCAUACUUGUGUUAGACAUUGUGCUUUGACCAUAUGAAAAUAAAUGUG